AUGGCGGUGAUAGACCUCACAGACCUCCAGGAGAAGAGCUUCCUGAAGCAGGCCACUACGCAGCCCCAGAGAGCCAGGAGGAGGGCUCCCCCCAGGAGGAGGCUGCAAGGGGUAGUGUGUGUCCUGCUCGUGGAGCUCUGCGAACGCUUCACCUUCUUUGGGAUCGUCUGCAACAUGAUCCUCUUCUGCACGCUCAAGUUGGGCUACGAUAACGUCCAGGCGGCCGCGGUCAACCUGGUGUUUAUCGGGGCCUGCACCCUCACCCCGGUGCUGGUGGGCUGGGUCGCUGAGUCCCGUCUCGGGAGGACCAAGGUUCUGUAUAUAUGUGCAUUACUGCAUUUCAUAGGCACGGCGAUGCUCCCCGUCGUGGCAUUCCCCUUCGAGGAUUUCUACAUCGACACUCAUCACAUCGUGCACAGCCUGGCGCGCAGGGAGCAGACGCUGCUCUUCUAUGGGGGGCUCCUGUCGGCUUCGCUGGGGAUCGGCGGGAUCCGAGCCAUCCUCUGCCCGCUGAGUGCCUACAGCCUGCAGGACUGCAGCCAGCGACAGCUCCUGUCCUUCUUCAACUGGUUUUAUUGGCUGGUGAACCUGAACUCGGUGGUUGUGUUUGUGGGCAUAGCCUACAUCCAGCAGUCUGUGGCCAAAAACCUGGGCUUCCUCAUCCCUUUCACCUCAGUGCUGCUCGCUCUCAUCACUAUCCACAUGGCGCGCAACAAACUCAUCUACCAGCCCAAGAAAGUGGGUUCCUUGCUGGCCACCUUCGGGGUGUUCCUGAACUCCCUGAAAAUGUGCUGUGUGCGUUACCGGCACCUGAGCGGAGAGGUGAGCAGCUGGCUGGACCGGGCCAAGGAGCACAAUGGAGGAGGGUACAGCGAGGCUCAUGUGGAGAACGUCAAGACCCUGGUCAAGCUGUUUCCCUUCUUCGCACUUCAGCUUUUAUACCGCGCCUCCGUCACCCAGAUUCCUUCAGGCUACUACAUCCAGACCAUGAACUCCAACCUGAAUCUGAACGGCUUUCUGCUCCCCAUCGCUGCCAUGAACGUGAUCAGCAUCCUGCCUCUCCUGGUGCUGGCCCCCUUCCUGGAGUGCGUCUCCACCUGCUUCUUCUCAUUCCGGAGAGUCUCGCUGUCCCCCACAGCACUGAUCAUUGCGGGUCACCUGUGCGCUGCUUUCUCAGCGGUGGUGGCUGGGAUCUCGGAGCUCCAGCGGAAGCGCUACCCCAUGGUGGAGCAGGCCCUGUCCGGCAAGGUCCUCCACGUAUCCUCCAUGCCCUGCCUCCAGCUGGCACCCCAGUACAUCUUACUGGGGAUGGCAGAAGCACUGGUCACCCCGGCCUGCUCGCUGGUAACCUUCUGCCUGGCUCCGAGCAGCAUCCGAGGGAUCUCUAUGCACUUCCUGGCUCUCUCCUAUGGGGGCGGCUGCUUUCUGGGGGCGUUCAUUAUUCAGGUGGUCUAUCUGGUAUCAGGAGGUAGCUGCUUCCCAGCAAGCCUGAGCGAGGGGCAUCUGGAGGGAUUCUUUUUCCUGUUAGCCUCACUGAUGCUCACAAACGCACUUGUGUUCUGGAAGAUCUCACACCGAUACAGUACUUUGAGCCUAGAACUGGAUCGAGGUGUGAGGGGCAGUGUUCUUGCCGAGAAGCUUCUAGAACACGAGAAGUCUCUCAAGUUCUAUGACACAUUCUCUUCUAUGGAGACUGCUUUGUAACCUUCUUAUAGACCAGUAACGCUGGCGUUGCAUAUUUAUUUCUAAGAAAUAUUUGUAAUAGUUUUUCUAUAUACAUAUGAAUGGCCUACAAUUUGCAGUUUUAGACUAAAUGAAAUUAAAUAAUGUACAAUACAGAAAAAUAAAGGACAAUAAAUGGAGACUCAAUAAAAUGAUGCCUGAAGGUUUAAAUAGAAAGGAAUAGUAGAUUUUUACAUCAUUAACUAUGUAGUAAAUUACAUCACAAACAUUUCAAUAGAAAUAAGUGUGUGUAGUUACCAGGGCAUCAAAAGCCUAGAAGUACCUCCACUGUUUGUUUUCAAAAACACUUUCCCUUGACAAAGGUAUGUUAAACAUAUCGAAACCUUGGGAAGUUGGCUCUUUUGAGCAAAAACGGAGAGAGAGAGAGAGAGAGAGAGAGAGAGAGAGAGAGAGAGAGAGAGAGAGAGAGAGAGAGAGAAAGAGAGAGAGAGAGACGCAUAUUUAUAUAUUUUUUACAUAUUAAUACCUGUAGUUUGCAUAUUUAUGAAUCUAUUAUUGCAUCAGAGGCAUUAUAAAUAUGACUGCCAUAUAUAUUGUAUUGUCUGUAUAGUAUAUGUAU